AACGGCGCUGUCUGGAUAAUCUCAUUCAUAUAUCCCUCCAUUCCCCAUAACCAAUACACACACAACACACAUACAAACACAAUGCUUUUUUUACUACUUGCUCGCUCUUCUUCUUUACUUUCUUCCUAGGGCAUUUCUCUUCUAGCUUUCUUCUUCCUCAUAAUUUCCAUCUCUCUCUUUCUUUCUUUCCUUUUUUUGUUAAAUUUAACAAAACCUCUUCACUACUCCAUAAAUAUAUAUACCUAUUUUUUAGGCUGCAUUGUUCACUAUUCUACUCACCGGAAAUUGACUCCAAAGGCUGAGAAGCUCUCAGAUCCAAAGCCUCUAGUUGGGUACUUUGUCGUUACUUGCAACUUUCUAACAGACAACAAGCUGGCUUUGCUUUCAGAAAUCACUGAAAAAGCUUCAAACGGAGUUUCUCGCUGACACCACGGCUGCUAUUCAACAUGAUACAUCAAGCCAAGACUUUAUUAUACACAUAACCAUAUAAACUUAAUUAGUUAGUCAUAAGUCAUCUGUGUAAUCCUCAUUAAUGCAAAGCAAAUCUAGUCAUAAUAUAUAUAUAUAGCUAGCCCUUAAUCUUUCUCUCUCUAAACCCUAAUCUACAGCCAAUUAGCCCUUACCCACUAGGAGAUUUGGUCUUAAUUCAUAGAGUAUGAGGAUGAAGGUGAAUUGCUUUUAGUUAUAUGUAUGUGGGGAAAGGUAUGAAAGUGAUAUGGAUAUGGAUGACAUUCAAAACCAAGGUUGCAAGUUUCCGAGAAGUAGAAGCGGUGGUAACAAGAUAGGUCAGAAGGGGGAUGAUGAAGAUGAGGGAGAUGCCAAGAGGAUUGCUUCUGGGAAUGAUAUUGGUAGGUUUUGUGGAUGGCCGUCGUCGAGAAUAGUUAGGGUUUCUAGGGCUUCUGGUGGCAAAGACAGGCACAGCAAAGUAUGGACUUCUAAAGGGCUGAGAGACCGCCGUGUUCGCCUUUCUGUCACUACAGCCAUUCAGUUUUAUGAUCUUCAAGAUCGGCUCGGGUAUGAUCAACCCAGUAAAGCUGUGGAAUGGCUACUGAAAGCCGCGGAGAGUUCCAUUUCUGAGCUACCUUCACUGAAUACCUCUUCGUUUCCGGAUACUCCUAAGCAACUCAGUGAUGAAAAGAGGUCAAGUGGAGGUACAAUAGAACAUGGGUUUGAUUCUAAUGACUUGGAAAUGGAUAUGGAUCCGAAUCAUCACUACCAAAACCAGAAUGUUUCUUUGUCAAAAUCUGCUUGUAGUAGCACUUCUGAGACCAGCAAAGGCUCUGGUGGGUUGUCAAUUUCGCGGUCUGAGAUCCGGAUUAAAGCUCGAGAGAGGGCAAGAGGUAGGGCAGCAGAAAAGGAAAAGGAGAAAGAAACUGAUUCUCUUUUUCCUGCUCAUCACCAUAGUGUAACCCCCAACUCCUCUUUCACUGAGUUACUCACAAGUGGUGGUGGUGGUGUUAACAACCAUAACACUAGCCGUAAUGCUCGAGCUCCACACCUCCAAAAGUCCUCACCAUCAUCUAGACAAUGGCCUAAUGCUCCAAUGGAUUAUUUUGGUACAGGACUUAACCAUCCAUCGCCUAAUUAUCCGGGGCAUAUACAAUUGGGGAAUUCUCUACCACAGCCCAUGAUGAUUUCUCCAUUCACUGUCACAUCCGGAGAUCAGCAACAUCACGAGCUUCAACAGUUUUCAUUUGUCCAAGACAAUCUUGUCCCAACUGCUUCUGGCGGGAGUGAUUACAACCUAAACUUCUCUAUAUCUUCCGGCCUUGCUGGUUUCAAUAGGGGGACCCUUCAGUCCAAUUUAUCAACAAUGCCUCAACUCCAUCAGAGGUUCUCACCCAUGGAUGGACCACAUUCAUCACCCUUCUUCAUAAGCUCUGCGGUCCCAAAUGGCUCCACAACCGAGACCCAUCAGCAACAUCCUCAGCACCACCCUCAGUUCCCUGCUGGACUACAGCUAUACUAUGGAGAUGCAGGCAGGCAUUCAGAACAGCAGCAGCACCAUCACUACUCAUCUACUUCUCAGGUAAAGAAGGCGGACAAGUAGUAGAACAGGAAGGAACUCACAGGAGAGAACGCAUGCACCGUCUCCUCAGUCCUCAGCAGACACUAUAGUAUUAUGCUCCUGUAAUUCAUGUCGUGUUUCUUAAGUUUAAGGUCACUAUUCGGAUUCUUGUUUUGGUUUUCUACGUAACUUAUCUACUAUCUCAGCCUGGAAGGCGCAGAGUGUUUUGGUUUUCUACGUAACUUAUCUAGUAUCUCGGCCUGGAAGGCGCAGAGUGUUUUGUGUUUUGAUGUAUGAGAUACACAUCGAUCUCUUCUCUACUGCACGUGUUCUGUUCUUUUACAGAUUCUUGUUCUUUUUUAAUGUGGAGACUUUGUUUGCCAUCUUA